AUAUUCUGCUAUUAGUUUAUUUCGCAACGUUAAGUUGAGUGGAUUUAAUGUACGGAAUUAUUUUAAUAGUGUGCCUCAUCCUGCUCGCUGGUCAUGUCCAGUCGCAGGAUCAGGAACUUUACCAAAAUUGCGGUGGAUCAUGGGAUCACCAUUGCGUCCCACGUCACUUGUGCAAAUUUCAACUUGAUUUUCGAUCGACAAUAUCAUACCGCAACCUAGGAUGUGUUUCCACAGCUAUAUGCUGCCCCAGGAACCUAACAAUCAGCGCGCCAACCUUCGUCCAGUUUCAGCCUAUGAAUAAUCCCGAAUGCGGAUUUAUCAACCCAAAUGGUGUGACCUUUUCAUUUAGUCAGGAAACGAUCUUUGCCCAGGAGGCGGAGAUACCAUGGAUGGUGGCCUUGCUGGAUGCCACAACCCGCGAAUACGUGGCUGGUGGCGCCCUUAUCGCUCCACAUACGGUGAUCACGGUCAAGCAAAAGAUCGAAAAUAUGAACGCCAACCAACUUGUUGUGCGGGCCGGCGAAUGGGACUUUGAUACCAAUACCGAGCAGCUUCCUCAUGUAGACGUUCCUAUUCGGUCGAUUGUCCGUCAUCCUGGCUUUAAUAUAUCAACCGGGGCCAAUAAUGUGGCGCUUGUGUUUCUCGUCAGAUCGGUUGAAAAAUCCCGGCACAUAAAUCCAGUAUGCUUGCCCACGGCUCCAAAGAAUUUUGACUUCAGUCGCUGCAUAUUUACCGGCUGGGGUAAGAAGUCCUUUGAUGAUUCCACCUACAUAAAUGUCAUGAAGAAGGUCGAAUUACCGGUGGUCCCAAACCGUCUCUGUCAGCAGAAACUUCAACGCUUUUACGGAGACGAUUUCGUCGUCGACAACAGCCUAAUGUGCGCAGGCGGGGAGCCUGGAAAGGAUGCAUGCUUCGGUGACGGUGGGUCUCCACUAGCCUGCCCGAUGAAAAACGAUCCGCAGCGCUAUGAACUGGCUGGCAUUGUAAACUUCGGCAUAAACUGCGGAUUACCAGACGUCCCAGGUGUAUAUACAAAUGUGGCCAGCGUUAUCCAGUGGAUUCUUACGGAAACAGGCAACGCCCCCCAGCCUGAAAAGCGCGAGGACGUUCCUUAUGCAAACACACUAGCUGGGGAAAACUCGCAACUAAACCUGUGGAAGCAACCGAACUAUGAAAGAAACUUUCCAAAUAUAGCAACCAAUGGAUGGCAGAUCCAAGAAGCUAAUCCAGAACUUGCCUAUGGAAAUAGUAAUAGUAAAAAUCAGCCAAUUACUUAUUACCCGGUUACAGAAGGCGAGAGACCACUAAACCUGUUGAAGCAAACGAACUAUAGAAGAGACCUUCCAAAUAUUGCAACCAAUGGAUGGCAGAUCCAAGAAGCUAAUCCAGAACUUGCCUAUGGAAAUAGUAAUAGUAAAAGUCACUCGUUUACCGAAAUGGAAAAGCCCAAUUAUAAUGAAGUUCCAGGAAAUGAUCAACAAAUUGUUAAACCCCCUCAGCAAGAUAACGACUCAGAUGAUUUCAAUAGUGUAAAUCAUUCGAAAAUGGUAUACGAGUACAUACCAUAAAUUUGUAUAAUGAAUUAUUUUUAAAUACUGCGAAAAUCUUUGAUUUGUAUUACAAGAUGUGAACGGAUGAUAAUUAUGCCGGUCUGGAAUACUCUGUGUUUUUGCAAAAACUGUUUUUUAUAAAAGAUAAUUACAUAUUCUUUAACCCAAUAGAUAAAUUUGUUCGAAACCUUUUCAAUAGAGCGUUAUGUGAAAAUUGUA